AACCAUUCUGGAAUCCAACCACGUUCAGCGGUAUUCAUUACCCCUCCUAGUUAAUUCACCAUCUAAAGACAGGAUGCUCGUUGAGGGACGGUAAUGGUGGUUCGAUUCAUAAUAGUACAGCGUUGUAUACCCCAGAUAUAGCUACAUCUAGCUUUGGACCUUGGAGGGAGAAGGCACAUUGAGGUUGGCCAUAUCAUUUACGAAUACUUCCACUCCUACCAGAUCUCAACACAUUCCUUGGAGCUUCAUCAAGAUGGGACGAACUUCGAAAUUCUCAUUUCCCAUUCCUGGGCGCAAGGGUACUUCGAAUAAGGAAAAAUCAUAUCAAGUACCUCCACCUAUGUCAAAACUAUCUUCAGGAAACUUGUCAAAAGCGGAACAAAUUUUGGGAACUGGUACUGCGGAACCUGGAGAUUGAAAAGACCGGAUCUAGGUCUAGCCGAAUGAGCAUUACUAUUUCAGAAACUACACAUUCGGCGAGAUCAAUGAAUGAUGGCGGUAAUUAUGAUGAGUGGGAUGGAGAAUCCGGUGUUUUCCCUAGACAGACGGGCCUUAGAGGAAGGGCUUCAUCUAAUGCAUUAGGUCAAAGUUUUGGAGAAGAUAUGGCUACGGAAACUUCUAGUAUAACACAUCGAUUGAGGAAUGAGGAUUCUACAUCUACUUUGAAAUCAUAUUAUGAUCGUCAAAAGUUACCGGCUUCAAUAUCACAACAAACUUCUGCAUCUUCUGCACGAGACCUAGCUCUUCGAAAAGGACUUACGCCAGUUGUCAAUAGGAGUCCACUUUUACAAGUCGAUUCGACAGAUCCUUGGGAUCAAUCCAGUCACAAUUUCUCGAGUAUGAAUGAUAAUCAUUUAGGGUCGCCAGAGCGUAAGAAGUCUGUGAGGCAGGGUUUGUCCUCGUUAUUUCAUAGGUCAGAAAGACGUCCAUCGGCAGUAUCACAGAAUACCUUUGAUUAUUCCAAACAAAGUGGCUCAAUUCGGAAUAGGCUUGCCAAGGCGGCUUCCAGAGAGUCAUUACAAUCACAAAAGCCGAGCAUCUCAUCCACAAAGUCCAGAGACCAAAGAGACCAGGUGCAAGUUCAGCCUAGCUUGAACGAUUCAUAUGAUUACUAUGAACAAGCAACUCGGAAUGCUCAGAUGAAACCAAUACCAGAAUCAAACAUUCCGGAACAUUUCAAUUUAUUUCCCAGCACGUCAGAAAAGGGUAAUGGCCGGCAGCCAGGAUCACUCAAUUCGGAGAAACGAGAAGGACCUCGGAGACUAGAAGAUCUGCAUUCUAGCUCGGGAGAAAAGGAUACAUUUUCGUGGAAGAAUGUACGUUCGAAUACCAAUGGAAAUUUUCGCAACAGUGUGAUUUCUCAGAGUACAGGUCAUUCUAGCCUGGGUAUAUCCAGUACCGGGAGUAUAUCCAGUCGUAACACCAAAACAUCAAGACAAACCGGAGGAAGUGUAUUUUCAAACGCAGAUUUACUCCAAAGUAGUGUACUGUCAUUAUCGUCCGAUUCGGAAGAGGAUUUUUCGGAUGCCGAGCCAUCGAAAUCUCGUGAUAACAUAUCUAUUGGUAAACCUCCUUCACAGGCUGAAAGUGAAGUCAUUCCUCCUGCACUUCAAAACCGCUUGAGUAUAACGAAAAAUCCUGCAAGGAAACAAUCGGCUUUGAAGAACUCAUCAUCCACCAAGAAGGGAGCUGCACAACCAAGUGCAUUUUUAACAAUUCCGGAGUCAAAUGGAGGAUUAUCUCAAUGGCCAAUGCCACCAACAACUCCGACGACACCAACGAUUACGAGACUAGAUUCUCUAAAGUCCCAAGACUCUCGACCAACCUCAUCUCAGAGGAAUGUUUCCAUCUCGUCCAAAAAGUCCAUACAGCAGCAACCGACACCACCGCUGUCUCCGCGAGAAAUCGAUACCGAAACUGAUUCCGUUCGCACAACAACUAGCGGUCGUAUGAUGCAAGUUACGAAGCAAGAAGAAGCACUACUGGAAGCACUACGUCAAAAAAGAGCACGUAUGCGCGAGAAAAUUAUUAAGGAACAUGAAGCUGAAGGUGGUGUUGGUAAAUUACCACCGAAAUUUGUAGACUACAGGAAUUCUUCAAGGUUUUCGAAAUCUUCCUCUACGAGUACGAUUAGACCGGGUACGGAACGUGUACCUUUGUAUCUUGAUGCACCUAUUGUGAAGGAGAGAAAUUUGGGAUAUGGAAAUGGAUACCAAAAUGGAAAUGGAAAUGGAAAUGGAUAUGGAAAUGGAAAUGGAAUGGGAAUGAAAUAUGGACAACCGAGUCCGGAUUUAAGUGACUUUUUGAGUAUGGGAAAUGAAGAUUUUGAAGAGGAUGAAGACACACCAACGAAUAGUCGAGACGUUUCGAGGAAUGAAGUGAGGAGUAAUACUAGUGGAAGUGCAAUUGAGAUAGCAAUUGGAAUUGAAGUUCCCCAACCAAAGAGACCGGGUACUCCACCGCAAAAUGAUCCGAGAUUUGCCUCUUCUGGAGUGGAGGAAAGGAGGAUGGGUGCUCGUAAGGAGAGAAUUCCUAGUGUAGCGGAAGCGAAAUUUCUAGAGGAAGAGGAGGAGGAGGUGGGAUUUUGGGGAUUGUAAAAGUCUUGAUUUGGGAAGGGUGGGUGGGUGGUGUUUUGUGUUGUAUUGUGUUGUGUUGGUGUGGUUGAGGGGGGGGAGGGAGGUUUAAUGUAUAUUUUUAUGAAGAGAUAUCUUGCAGCGUCUUUUUUUGGGGUGGGAUGUAUGUUUUAAAUACCUAGGAGGAUUAGAGAAAAUGGUUGGCUGGGCGGACCUCUCCCUCUCUCUCUCUGUGUGUGUGUGUGUGUGUUUUCUUAUUUUCUUUCACGAUUUUAAGUCUUACUUUGAAUUGAAUUGAAUGAAUGAUCUAUGGGUUUCGUUUGAGGUUUGAGGUUUGAGGUUUGAUAGAUCAUUUUGCUUUG